AUGGGGCUAAUGGUUUUACAGGAAAUAGAGUCACAAGACAUUCAGGCUGGAAUUCGGGGUUUGGAGAGUUAUGACAAUGUUCCAGAAGAAGAUGACAUCACUAUCUCUUCCCUGGGAGCAAAACCUGGCUUCUAUGAACUGAUUUGUCCUGAAGGCGAGAUCCAGAGUUUCCACAUGCCUCUGACGGCUGAGUGCCCUGUCCUUCAGAUCCCAAUGGAGCCAGCGCCCACUGGCACCAGCGCUCCAGAGCGGGCAAAGUGCAGAGAUCAGCUGGGUCAUGUGACCAGCGUGGUAGGCCAUGGCAAAGACAGCCAAGUGGGCAAGGCCCAGAGUUCAGCUGGCCACAGGGACUCUGUGGUCUGGGCAAGUGAGCAAGCAAAGGAGCCAGAGAGCAGCUGGGCCGCAGGCAUGACUCUAGGCAGCAGCCAAGCAUGGCCGGAACGAGGGCCCAAGCGCAUCACCCACGUACUGCAGGAAGCUCCCCAAAUCCCUGAGUUUUUCGCUCAUCUGACCGAAACCAGAGGAAUCCCAGACGAGAGAGAUCAGUUCCCCGAACCCUAUGACACGGAAGACGAAGGCGAGGAUGACCCGAUGGUGAGUGGACCCGUCCACCCUUUUCUUUUCCCCAUACGCCUAACAGCCCCCAAAACAGGGGCCCAAGAGACUUUCCAAGCCCUAAUAGACUCGGGUAGCACACGGUGCCUAAUCAACCUACCCACAGUUCUAAAAUUGGGAAUCCGAGCUAAACAGCUCAAACAACCAAUUCGCUUCGAGCAAGUUGAUGGGUCCCUAGUGGGAGGAACAUAUGCCACACAUUUGACUGAACCCGUGAGACUAGAACUCGCAGAUCACUGGGAGACGAUCCGCUUCAUAAUAGCCCCCAAGAUGACAGAACCAGUCAUAUUGGGACUCUCAUGGCUCGACAAAUGGGGCCCAAUCAUUUGGUGGCAAGAGGGAACCCGCAGGCUGAGAAUAGCAAAGGGGCCCCAACCCCUGCCGCCCCGACCAGAAGAAUUCCCUCCCACGCUGAAACCCCAAAGCAGCCCUCCACUACAGAAGAAAACACCACCAACACAAGGGCCCCUCCCAGAAGGUGCAGCAAAACAAUUGGCAGCCGCACCCACCACCACUUGUAACGCAAACCAGAUCCCAAGGGAGUACCAAGACCUUGCAGGGGUAUUCAGCGAGGCCGAGUGUGACAUUCUGCCCCCCCACCGCGAGACCGAUUGUGCCAUCGAGAUUAUCCCAGGAGCGAAACUACCCAAACCUAAAAUGUAUGCUAUGACGCCCCGAGAAAUGCAGGAAAUGCGGGACUACAUAGACAAAAACUUACAAAGGGGAUUUAUUGAGCCAGUGAAACCAAGGGUAGCGGCGCCGGUCAUGUUUAAAGAGAAAAAGGACGGCUCCAUGAGACUGGUGGUCGACUUUCGAAGUAUCAAUGCUGUUUGCGUACACAACUUGUACCCCCUCCCCCUCAUGAAAGACAUGUUAGCCCACCUAGCUAAAGGGAAGGUUUUCACCAAACUAGACCUUCGAGAAGCUUAUUACCGAGUACGCAUAAGGGCAGGAGAUGAAUGGAAAACAGCAUUCAACUGCCCCCUGGGUAGUUUCCAGUUUAAAGUAAUGCCUUUUGGAUUGCAAGGAGCCCCGGCAGUGUUCAUGCAGUUAAUAAACGAAGUCUUACAUGAACACCUUUACAAAGGGGUCCUCGUCUACCUGGACGAUAUUCUUAUCUACACGGAGACCAUAGACGAACAUAUACCCCUCGUCCGCCAAGUACUGGAAAAACUGCUACGGGCAAACCUAUAUGUCAAACUGCCAAAAUGCGAUUUCCACCAAUCACGGCUAGACUACCUGGGCUACCGAGUAUCAAAUGAGGGGAUAGAGAUGGACCCAGCCAAGGUCCAAUCAGUUCUACAAUGGCAGCCCCCUCGCACCCGCAGACAACUGCAAAGUUUUCUAGGUUUUGCGAAUUUCUACAGACAAUUCAUCCCCUCGUUUGCGGAAAUUGCCAAACCUUUGACAGACCUCCUAAAGACAGGAAGCCCAGCGAUGAAACCUCGCCCGGGACAACCCCUACAGUGGGACCUGACCUGCCAACAGGCAUUUGAGACGCUAAAAGGACUGUUCGCGAAAGAACCUGUCUUAAAACACCCGGAUCCAGAACAGCCUUUUGUCAUCCAAGCAGACGCAAGUGAUGUGGCAGUAGGAGCCGUGUUACUCCAAAAGAACAACCAAGGGGAUCUACAACCCUGCGCCUACACCUCCCGCAAACUCACCGAUACGGAGAGGCGAUGGGCGGCGUGGGAGAAGGAAGCGUUUGCAGUAAGGUGGGCCUUGUUGACCUGGCGGCACCUUCUAGAGGGAGGCCAGAAACCAUUUGAAGUCUGGACUGAUCAUAAAAACCUAGAGGCCCUAAAAACCCCACGAAAACUGUCGCCCAGGCAAGUGCGGUGGGCACAAUACUUCAAUCGUUUCAAUUUCGAGCUUAAGCACAUCCCAGGUGGGAGAAAUUUCCUGGCUGAUGCCCUCUCCCGGAUGCCCCAAUACAACAGUGAGCGGGAGCAGGUAGUGAAUGCCAUCAUCCCCUCCACCCAAGCUGCGGCCCAAGUGAUCACCAGACGGCAACGACGUGACCAGCAAGGCCAACUUGCAAGUGACUUAACUGCAAAAUUAAAAAAUGAAACACUGACAGACCCCUGGUAUCGGGACAAUCAACAUCUCUUGACAAAAAGAGAUGAACUUAUGGAUACUCAGAAUGGACCACAAAAACCAGAAAUUUUGGAACAAAGCCAGGAGUAA